AUGCUUUCUCUCAUUCAAAUCGAUUAUACAACAAGGAACUGCAAACUAAAAUACAGCAAAGAACUACAAGUAUUUAUUGAUGAAGCAAAUCGAGUUAGACCAUUAUUAAACGAUAAUCAGCGUAAUGUAGCUGAUGCAAUCCUUGCUGCACUUAGUGAAGAACCUAAUAAUGAAAAUAAGCAUUCAAGAUUUUUCUUUAUGGAUGGGCCUGCCGGUUGUGGUAAAACAUUUACUUACAAUUAUUUAAUUGCUGAAACACGCAGCAGGCAUAUUAGAACUGCAACAGCUGCAUGGACAGGAAUAGCUGCAACUCUUCUUAAGAAUGGAUGCACAUUGCACGGCUUAUUCAAACUUCCUGUUCCAAUUUUGGAAACUAGCACAUGUAAUGUAACUCCAAACUCCAUUCAUGGUAGAUUCCUGAGACAAGUUAGUUUAUAUUUACUCGAUGAAGCAUCUAUGAUACCCAAACAUGCUUUGAGUGCCAUUGAUAAGUUAUUACAAGAUAUUUGUAAUAAUAAGUUUCCUUUUGGUGGUAAAGUUAUUCUUAUGGGUGGAGAUUUUCGACAAAUACUUCCAGUUGUGAAGAGAGGUCGACCAGCAGAUGUUGUAGAAUCAUGUAUAAAGUGUUCUGAACAUUGGCAAUAUGUGCAAAGGUUUUCAUUAACUGAAAAUAUGAGGGUUCAGAUAGGAGAAGAGGAAUUUUCUCAAUGGCUUUUAAGGCUUGGAAGUGGAACAUUACCUGUCAAGCCUGAAGAUCCUUUGCAAGGGUGUAUUGAAAUACCUGAGCAGUGUUUUCUCAAUGAUAAUGAAUCUAUUGUGGAAAAGAUUUUUGGUGGUGCAGAAGAAGCUGAUUAUGCAAAACGUGCUAUUUUAACACCAACAAAUGUUGAUUCAUUGGCAAUAAAUGAAGAAGUCCUUCAUCGAUUACCGGGUGAUGUUAAAACUUAUUUAAGUUCAGAUAGCAUUGAAACUGAUGAUCAUAAUGAAAUUUAUAAUUUUCCAGUUGAGUUUUUAAAUACUUUGACUCCAUCAGGUAUGCCUGUUCAUUGCCUAAAGUUGAAAAUUGGUGCUGUUAUAAUGCUACUUAGAAAUUUAGAUCUCAAAGGUGGACUUUGUAAUGGAACACGUUUGAUGGUGCGUGCACUACACAACAAUUACAUUGAUGGUGAGGUUCUAACAGGUGUAUCAGCUGGUAACAGGGUAUUUGUUCCUCGAGUUCAAUUAGCUCCAUCAGAUUCAAAUUUACCUUUUACACUUAAACGUCGUCAAUUUCCAGUUAGUGGUGUUACUUGGCAACGUGUAGUGCAAGAUUGUGAUCCUUGCCAGCCAAGUGGUGUUACUAAUUAG